AUGGCUGGAAGUCAAACAGGGUCGCCAAAUAGAUCUGCCUCACCAACAAGGCCGGCAUCGCCAAAGAGAUCGCCACCCAAGGCAAAGAUUGGACCAAAGAAAAGAGCCAAGUCAGCGUCUAAGAAAAGUGCCCACCCGGCCACACUGGCAAUGGUAUGCGUGGCCAUCAAAGCUCUUGGCAACCGUCGCGGAUCGUCUGCUCAAGCUAUUCGCAAGUAUAUCUUGGCAAACUUUCAGGGUAUCCGAGCGCCUAUGCUGAGUGCUAUGCUACGCCGUGCUUUUGCCGCAGGUUUGAAGAGUGGUGUGCUCGUCCGCCCCAAGGGAUCAAGCGCUACCGGCAGCACAGGACGUUUCCGUCUCGGCAAGGUGAAGGCAGCGCCCAAGAAAAAGAAGAGCCCCAAGAAGACUAAGAAGGCAAAGCCAAGGAGAAGAUCGUCUUCAAAGUCUGCAACCAAGAAAACAAAGAGGUCAAAAUCCAAGGCAAAGAAGCCAGCAAAAAAAGGAGGAAAGGCCGCAAAAAAAUCUAGAUCUCCAAAAAAGGCCAAGAAGGCAGCAGCUAAGAGACCGAAGGUAGCAAAGAAGGCUACAAAGAGACCAGCAGCCAAGAAGACUAAGAAGGUCGCCAAAAAGUAG